AGACCGAGAGGAGUCUGCUUUCUGGCGGGAGGCUGCCCGAGACUUGGGAACUCUCGCAAGAAGAUGCGUCGUUACCAUGGCAACCGCAUCGCACCAGUCUAGAAAGAUGGCUGGGCGAAGUGAGGGAGUGAGGAGACGCGGGGCCGCAGGUACUCAGUCGCGCGGGCAGUUUGCAGCUGGACGGGAUCUCCUGGCCCGCGAGCAAGAGUACAAACGUUUAAAUGCAGAAUUGGAGGCAAAAACUGCUGAUCUGGUUAGACAAGCUGACAAAGCAAUAAGAGAUCAGCAAGAAGAACAAGCUAGGCCUUUUUCAACAAUAAUUACAGCAUGCAAUGAAGAAGAUGGCUACAGUACGAGAGACUUGUCAUCUGAAGGCAUGGACCAUCUAUGGUCAGAAACCAAGCCUAAGACUAAAAACACCGGUCCUGUAAACAAGGCUCAAAACAGACUGUACUCUGCAGAUAAAGAAAGGAAAAUAAAUGCAAGUGUUAAACUGAAAUGUCCCAGUGUGCAGACUGCCAGUGAUGUGGCCAUCCCAGAUGAUUUCUCAGACUUCUCCCUUGCCAAGACAAUUAGCAGAAUUGAAGGGCAGCUGGAAGAAGACAGCUUGCCAGAGUGUGGAGAUGACAUUUUCUGUGGUGUUAGUAAGGACAUUGGGACAGAGGCUCAGAUCAGAUUUCUGAAGGCCAAACUCCAUGUGAUGCAGGAGGAACUGGACAGUGUUGUGUGCGAGUGCAGUAAGAAGGAUGAUGAAAUUCAGGAUUUAAAGUCCAAGGUGAAAAAUUUUGAAGAGGACUGUGUAAGACAGCAACGAACAAUUACUUCACAGCAGUCUCAAAUAGAAAAAUAUAAGAGUCUUUUUGAAGAAGCAAACAAAAAAUGUGAUGGACUACAGCAGCAACUCUCAUCAAUAGAGAGGGAAUUAGAAAGCAAAAGAAGAUUACAAAAACAGGCUGCUACAAGUCAAAGUGCCACAGAAGUCCGCCUGAACCGAGCUCUAGAAGAGGCAGAAAAGUAUAAAGUGGAGCUGAGUAAACUAAGGCAAAGUAACAAGGAUAUUACAAAUGAAGAACACCAAAAAAUUGAAGUGUUAAAAUCAGAAAACAAGAAGCUAGAAAGACAAAGAGGAGAAUUAAUGACAGGGUUCAAGAAACAAAUGAAAUUAAUUGACAUUUUGAAAAGGCAGAAGAUGCAUAUUGAAGCUGCCAAGAUGCUGUCUUUCAGUGAGGAGGAAUUUAUGAAGGUUCUAGAGUGGGGCACUUCAUGACUGAGCAUUUGAUGCUUGUGAAAUAAAUUCAGGUAUCAACCUGCUGAA